CUUCGGCUGUUAGCCCGUUAAGAGAAACAACCCGAGAAACCUAAAGGCGCCGUAAAUUCUGCUCCGAGGCCGGCCCAGGCCUCCCUCCAUUCAUCUGCGCCUUGCUUCGGACGUCUGGUAGGAGUUUUGUAUUAAUGCUUGGAGGGCUCUAAUCUUAUUAGUCCUACGAUCAUGGGUUUCGAUAAUGAAUGCAUUCCGAAUAUUCAAUCUCUAGCCGGAGAGUAUUUCUGUCCCAUUUGCCGUCAGCUUGUCUACCCAAAUGAAGCAUUACAAUCUCAGUGUACUCACCUUUAUUGCAAAGCAUGCUUAAAGUAUGUUGUGAGUACCACACGCGCUUGUCCAUACGAUGGCUACUUGGUGACUGAAGCAGAUUCCAAGCCACUACUGGAAUCAAACAAAUCACUUGCUGAAACUAUUGGCAAGAUACAAGUGCUUUGUUUAUACAAUAGGAGUGGAUGCACUUGGCAGGGUUCUCUAUCUGAGUGCACAACUCAUUGUUCUGGAUGCGCCUUUGGUAAUUCUGCUGUUGUGUGCGAUAGGUGUGGAGUUCAAUUAGCGCAUCGCCAAAUCCAAGAACAUGGACAAACUUGUGCUGGUGUCCAGUUGCAAACUCUAAGUGCCGAUGGUUCUCAGGUUGCUGCUAUGGCAGUGCAGCCUAAUGAUAACUCUCAGGUCUCUGUUCAGGCUGCUAUAACUAGUACCAUAUCUCAGGCCUCUCAGUCUAAAACCUCCUCCACGUCUGCACAAGAAAUGACCAUUCAAUCCAACAUGUCAUUGUCAACCCCAGCUGCCGGACAGGCUUCCAUGCCAACUUCAGAACAGUGGUUUCAACAGCAGCAGCAUUAUCAGCAAUACUACCAGCAGUAUCCUGGGUAUGAUCCAUAUCAGCAAUAUAACCCGUAUCAACAGCAGGCUGCUCAACUGUACCAGCAACCUCAUGUGUAUGCCCAGCCUUCAAAUUCUCUAACGAUGGUUCCGCCUCAACUGCCAAUUCAACACCCUCCGGCGCAGGCUCAGGCUCAGGCACAAUUACAACCGCAAUCUCAACCUCAAUCACAACCGCUGAUGCAACUCCCAGUUGCUGCUCAACCCCAAAAUCUAGCACAAAUGGAGUUACAGCAACAAACUCAAUCUCAGUUUCAAGCACAGUUGCACCCGACUCCUCAUGUUCAUUUGCAUCCACAGCCUCAGCUUCAGCCCCAUGCUCAAGCCCAAACAGUUCAGCCGCAGCCACUAGUGCAAAUGCCUCCUCAUCAGCAACCACCUUCACGGUCACAAAAUGCUGAAUCCCAAAUUCAGCUUCUGGCACAUUCUCAACUUCAACAUGUCCCUCAGAUUCAGUCUACCUCACAAUCACAGGCUCAAAUGCAUGGACAUCACCAUCAACCACCGAUUCAACAGCACUUUUCUUCUCAGCCUAGCCAAUCUGGAAAUCCCAGUCUUCAAACAGUGACCAGUCAUCAGUCUUAUCUACAACCGAAGUCUCAUCAGCCUAUGCAGUUGGCCGCCCCGCAACAUCCUGCUCAUAUGUAUACCCAAGCUGUACCACAACAACACUCCCAACAUACUGCCCAAACGCCGAGUCAGUUCCAUCAAAACCCUCUCCUGAUACGGCCUUUACAAUCUCAUGGUAUGCCUCCGAACCUACAACUAACAGGUAGUUUGCCUUCAUCCAGUCAAGUCUCAAACACCCUGCCUGGUCAACCGAAUCCGUUGCUUGCUCAGGCUCAUCAAACUGGACUUCCAAUUCACCAGAGACCUGUAGCACCACCAGUUCAGCAGCCAUUUUAUGAGCAGUUUGUGCAAAACCAGCAGCAAUUUUCUGGGCAGCCCUUAGGCCAGAAUCAUUUGUCGCAGCAGAUUGCUAAUACACAGCAACAGAUGUAUUCACAGUCACGAUUGAACCCUCAGGCUGUGCCUCAACAAAUCCCACGACCACAAACACACCAGAAUACUGCAUCACCUUAUGGAUUGCAGAAGCAGCAGGUUCAAAAUCAUACAGGGAAGCCUGUGGUGCCUCCUCAUGGAGUCUCAGAUAAACCACAUCUAGAACAAUCCGGGGCUAGUUUGAGGCCAAUGCUCAAUGGACUAGCUGAUUCGGUGGCUGAUGAAAGUGUUAAAGUGGAUGCAUCAUCUCAGGACAAUGCUAAUACAGAUUCUGGUACCGUGUCUAUCCCUGCAGCUACAGCUGGUAUAACCAUUAAAUCUGAAAGCAACUUGAAGUCGGAGGGCGAUGAUGAUAAAUCCAUAGGUGAAACCAAGGAUGCUCUGGGAUUACAUGCAGCUAAUAAUCCGGAUGUUUCAGUUAGGAGGGUGAAGGAGGAGCCCGCAGAGGGUGAUGGAAGUAAAAAAGAUGUUCCUGAUGCUGAUAACAAACAAGAAGAGAGGUCUAUAUCACUAGAGAAUAAAAUGCCGAAGACCGCAUCGUUAAAAGAGGGUCUCAGUCAUGAGAAAUCGCCUUUAAAAUCACAUGAUGGAAAUCUGCUUUCCCAAAGUUCUUCUGGCUUCCCAAAUGACCAGGUAACUUUUCAUAAUCAGCAUGGUCCAUCUGCUCUUCUUCAUAAGCAUACUGGGCCUCCAUUAUUUCAUGGAACUCCUGGAGAAUUACACCCUGCACCCCUUGGGCAUCCUACUCAACUUAGGCCACCUGGGCCGGGACAGAUAAGUGGCUUCCAUGGUCCAAGAUCAGCUUCAGCCUUUCCUGGUGGACAGGAUUAUUAUGGUCGUCCUCAGGCACCUGAUUCUCAGGGCCAUGGUGGUCCUCCAAGGCUAAAUGUAGGAAUGUACUCAAAUGCAGCUGGAAUGGAGGGGUUUCCAGGGCCAGGAUUUGGCCCUUCCUCAAUCGUUGGGUUGCGGAAUGAAAAACUUGGUCCUACUGCAGAUGAUCAUUUCCACCCCUUUUCUCAAGACCCAGCUCGUCGUGGUGUCGAUCGAGGACAGCUGGAAGACCUCAGGCACUUCUCCAGGCCUUCCCGUUUUGAAGCUGAAGGUGUUUUGGAGUUUGGAGGUCACUUUUCCAGGACUGUUGAUCGAGGUCUACACAGUUUUAGAGGUGAUAUCGCACCAAGACCACUUGAAAAUGGAUCGUAUCGGACAACUUACGAUGCUGGCCUUAAAAUGGACUCAGUAGGUGCUCAUGGUCCUUCAAGACACUUUCCUCCAUUUAAUCACGACAUUAUAUUGCACCCCAGUGAUGUUGGAGAAGGUCCCAUUGGUUUUCCUGGCAAGCCUUUUUGUAGACAGGACCCUGCUAGAACUGAUCCAAAUUUACUUGGUCCUGACAUUGGAUAUCAUCUACGUCAUGUACAGGGUUUGGACUCAAGGAGUCCUGGCAGGGAUCACCUAUCAUCACGUGGAUUUGGCCCCCUUCAUGGCCUAGAUGAUAUUGGUGGUAGGGAGAGCAGGAUAUUUGAUGGCUCAAGUGGCAGAUCUUUCCAAGGUAACAGGUUUCCAGUUCUCCCAGCCCAUUCACGUAGGGACGAGUUUGAUGGUCCUGGGGGUUUAAGAGUUUCUGAUCAUUAUAGGUUUAGUGAAUUCAUCGGCCAGGACAGUAUGGCUAACCACUUAAGGGGUGAGAACUUUGGGGCUCAUAAACUGCCUCCUCAUUUGAGAUUCUCAGAACAAGCUGGUUUUGGACCAAUCCCUAAUCAACCAGUGAGGGAAUCACAUACGCCUGGGAACUUUCGUCAUGCCCUGUUUGGUGAGCCUGGGUUUCGCAGUAGCUUUCCCCAUAAGGUUUUUCCUGGUGGUGAUGCGAACUAUACAGGUGAGCUGGAUUCUUUUGACAAUUUAAGAAAGAGGAAACCAUCAAGCAUGGGAUGGUGUCGUAUAUGCAAAGUCGACUGUGAGACUGUUGAAGGGCUGGACCUGCAUUCACAAACUAGAGGCCAUCAAACAAUGGCAUUGGAUAUGGUUGCAACAAUCAAGCAGAAUGCAAAGAAGCAAAAAUUGGUGCCGAGCAAUAAUUCUUCACUAGAUGAUAUAAGCAAGUCGAGAAAUAUCGUUUCUGAUGGACCUGGAGAUAAGCUAUGAGGCGGGUGCUUUCCUGAGAUAUGGACAACUUUAACUUCAGUGUUCUAUUGUUGGCAACGUAGUCUUGGUCAGCACUUGGUGAUUGGACCUUUACAGCCUCUUUUCUUCUCUCAGGGCGACCUUCACCAUUCAGAUUUUUCGAUACCGUUGUCUUUUCUGGGAGAAGCAGCAACAAAAGACUGAAAGUAGUGGGAACGAACAUCUUUUUUUGCUGUGGUAAGAUUGGGUCAACAGUCAGAUGUAAGUAGUCAGACUUUUAUUGCCAGUAUUCAUUCUUUUUCAUUUCUGCUUUAUCAGCACAUCUCCUAUUAGUGUAUUCAUUAACAAAAUCGUUUUAGGAUCAGUAUCAAGGUUGAGAAAUGAUGUGCCUAAGCUUGCUGUAAAUUUGUUAAGAGAAAUAAGGCUGCUGGAGCUUAUGCCAAACAGUAGAAAUCAGGGGGUUUGAUUGAUAGGGUUAGGAAGAGUGCCCAUAGGUGAUAAAGUACGGUAGCUCACUUCAUGAUAUAAGGAUAGAUAAGCCUAUGAAAUCAUAAGGAAUAACUUCUGCACAAGCUUUUAAAAUUCUUUUCAUGUCUGAUGUGAUCCUAAAUUCCUAAUACGAUAGAACCAUCUUAAUUGACAAGAAAGCAAAUCCAAUUCUCAUAAUAACUCCUGGCUAAUUCUAAUUUCUUUAAAAGACAUUAAACUCUUAUGAAAACUGCUGAUAUUCUGAAACAAUAAGGAAGAAUGUAAAGAGAAAAACAACCGAAGGAAAGCAAAAAUUUGCGCAUAGGGGUGAGCAAUGGGAGGGUUUAGAGGUUAUUGAGCUCAAACUCACGAAAAACACCCAAGCAUACACUUCUGGAUGGAUAGUGUGGGUAUGGUAGGGGGUGACAAGAGGCCAGUUGGGUUUGGGAGGGUUCUAAGGGUCGUAAUGACCCACCCGUCUCCUACCCAAAUUCCAGUGGGUGACCUAUUUGUUCAUUCCUAUCUGCACCCAUCUCAUUUUAUGAAGAUCAAAAUGAAGAAACCAUUGAUAAUUACUCUGUUGAGUUCUGUCUACUGCUUGUCUCAGAUGUGGUUUCAGAUAUUUCUUGAAUGCCAGCCAGCUGUGAUUAUAUAUCUAUUUUUAAUUCUUACGAUUAAACUGAUUGCUGGAUGGUACUAGUACUAGGCAUGGAACACCAGUUGCAUGUGCAUGAAUAUGAUUGCAUCCGAACCGUCAGGUUUCUACGCCUCCUGAAUUUCUGUAAAUUCAUAGAGCGGUAGAUCUUGGAACUAGAAUUCUUAUAACUGUCAAUGCUGGUUAGUCGAUGCAGCUAAUCCACUCCCCUGUGAUAAACAAAUGUUACAGGCAGAUGGAAUGUUUUGGAACCAUGUCUUCACCUCUAUUUGCCUUGUUCCUAUUUUCUCCUCCCCUCAGUAAAGGUAUAAACAUUGGGUCCUAGCUAGCUGUGUAGGGCAUGCGGGAAUGGCUGAUUAACUUAGCUCCAUGCCUUGGCCUUGAGGUAUAUCACCCAGCUUCACUAUAUAAUCACCAUCACGAUCCAUUAUGCUGCAAAUGUUAUAAACAUCAGAUGGUCGUUGCUUGUACUGCAAGUUUGUGUAAGGUAGAUACGUGUAGUUGUUCCUCUGCUCUGUGGUGGGGCUUGCUGGGAGGUUUCAUGUUGUGAAAAUCAAUCGAGGGGCAUUGCUUUGGAGUUUGGAACUAAAGGAUGAUUCAUGCUGGACGAAAAUCAUCGGCUUUGAUUCUUCACCUCCGUUGUUUCUUUCUUCCAGGUUUGGUCUCUGCGAACAACACUUAUUCGUAAUAUGUCGGUAGCAUUUGUUUCUGUUUUCGAAUUGCAUUCUCUCUUCAUCUCGCUCUAGUCCUGCUUCGAGUAAGUUUCUGUAUCUAUAGGCUAAUCGAUGAUAUAGGCCUGGCAUGUGAAAGUUACUGGAGGUGGAAAUGAAAUGGAGGAAUUCAUGUCUUCAUUUCACAUAUAACAUUGGGUUGAUUGCACCGGUCUAGUUGAAGUUAGGUAACUCGUCUAGUUGUUAUUCUGGAUAUGACCCUGAGAUGAAAAACUUUAUGGCCAUAAGAAAUUCACAUGGUAAACAGACUCUUGUGGAUUAGUGCUUGUCAUACUAGUAUGAGAAGCACUGAAGGUACUUAGCAUGAAUGGUCGCACGGGUUUGACCUUUGUACGAGACGGUUACAAAUGUUUCACUUUGCAUGAAGGUAAUAUGAGUUUCAACGUAACAAAAAAUAGUCACUUUCGUCUAUUUCCACACCCUUCGACUCCUUAUUGAUUAGUACAGGCGAUUUCGAUUUCGAUUCGCUGUAGUGGGUUACCGGGUUACCGUUUGAAGAUCUAAAAUCAAGCCUUCAUAAUGUGGUUUUCCUUUCUUCGGGAUUCAUCUCAAUCCACACAUUAACAUAUACAGACCCCUUCCUCCCCCUCAAAACUUCCAAAUUAUAUCCAUGAAAAAAGCUACAACAAUGGCAAUUGCACCUUGGAGAACCAAACCGACAUGAAGCGGAACAAUCUGACAACGAGAUCAAGCUCCUCAAGGCGGCUGAUGAGGACCCUAUGAUCUUACACUUUAGACCCAACC